CGUAACAGAAAGACUGUGUGUAUGUAAUUUAGAAGAACCCACUCCGCCCGCAACCAGCCAGCCAGAGCUGCUAAAUAUUAUUAGUAUUUAGUAUCAUCGGCUGCUUCCUUUCUUUUCCCCCGAGCCUAAACCUAAACCUAAACCUAAACCAUUCCUCUAUUUCUUUCUUUUUAGGGUUUCAUUCAUUGAAUUCAGAUAGACGAUGGAGGGAUCAAAUUCUUUGGACGAUUCUCCAUCGAGGCAAGCCCAAGCCCAAACCCAAACGCAUAGCGGAGGAGGAGGCGGAGGAGAUGCUCCUUCUAAUCCGUCGCAACCGCAACCACAAUCGCAGAGAGAAGGAGAGGAAGUAGAUGAAACGAAGAAGGAAGAAGAGGAAUUAAUCGAGAAAGCGCAGAAAUGGAUUGAUAAAAUCACUUCUUCUCCUGAUAAUCCUAACCCUACUCUUCUCCACGCUCUUUCCUCUCUUCUCGAAACUCAAGAGUCACUGUACAUGAAGGAGAAUGGUAACUCUUCUUUCAACAAUAGUCGUGCUUCUCAUAAUAUCGGACGGCUUGGGAGUUUAGUUCGGGAUAAUGAUGAAUUCUUUGAGUUGAUUUCUUCGAGGUUUCUGUCUGAAACUAGAUACUCAACCUCCAUCCAGGCAGCUGCUGCGAGGCUUCUUAUGACCUGUUCUCUAACUUGGAUUUAUCCUCAUGUUUUUGAAGACCCUGUUAUGGAGAACAUAAAAGCUUGGGUGAUGGACGAAGCUACCAGAUUUCCCAGUGAAGAUCGAAACUGGAAGCAUGAUAUGGAGAGAAAGGAGGGCUCAGAUUCUGAAAUGUUGAAAACCUAUUCUACUGGACUUUUAGCUGUAGGUUUGGCAAGUGGUGGUCAAAUAGUUGAAGAUGUGUUGACAUCUGGAUUAUCAGCAAAACUUAUGCGCUAUCUUCGUAUUCGUGUCCUUGGGGAGGCAAGUGCAAGCCAAAAAGAUGCUAGUUAUUUAACAGAGGGCAAGAAUGCAUCUUCUGCAACUUGUAUAAGAGGUAGAGAAGAAGGUAGGUGCAGGGUGCGGCAGCUUCCAGAGGCAACCCUUGAAAAUAAUAUCAGGGCUGCAGAUGAGAGAUCUUUAGUUGAUUUAGAUGAAAGAUCUUUAGAAUCUGUUGGAGAAGAUAAUGAUGACAUAGAUGCUGAUGGUGGGGAGAGACGGCAUGGUCGAGACCUUCGUGAUGUAAAAACAAAGUUUGCAGAACUUGAUGAAAGUGGAAGAGAUGACUUGUUGAGACGCAGGCCUUCCCGUGGAUGGACAAGACACAGAGGGAGGGGGAGGGUUAAUGAAACAGCACUCGAGAAUGAACAGGUUUCAACAUCUCCAGAUUCUGGUAGUCGAUCAGGACCAGGACGGAGUGCUAGAGAUAGGAAUUCAAAGAAUCUUUUAGAUGUGAAGAAAGGACCAGAUACAAGAAAGUUCCAGGGAAAUAUGCAUUCAGAUGGUUUGGCUGUGGAAAGAGACGAUAAUGAUGAUUGCUUUCAGGGUUGCAGGAUCGGAACCAAAGACAUUUCUGAUCUGGUGAAGAAAGCAGUUCAAGCUGCUGAAGCGGAAGCUAGAGGAGCAAAUGCACCUGCAGGUGCCAUCAAAGCUGCUGGUGACGCUGCUGCUGAAGAUGUGAAGAGUGCUGCUUUAGAGGAGUUUAAAUCAAGCAACAGUGAAGAAGCUGCAGUUUUGGCUGCUUCCCGAGCUGCAAGUACUGUUAUUGAUGCUGCCAAUGCAAUUGAAGUUUCUAGGAACUCUGGUGGUACCAAUGAUGAUUCAAUGAAUCUUGGUGGUGUGGAACCAGAAGUAAAUGAGGAUGCUGAAGAAUAUUUUAUUCCUGACCUUGAAUCCCUUGCUCAAUUGAGGGAAAAAUACUGCAUCCAGUGCCUUGAGAUAUUAGGUGAGUACGUUGAAGUUCUUGGGCCUGUUCUGCAUGAAAAGGGGGUAGACGUGUGUCUUGCAUUAUUACAGCGCAGCUAUAAACACAAGGGAUCAUCUACGGCUGUGACACUCUUACCUGAUGUGAUGAAACUUAUCUGUGCUUUGGCUGCUCAUCGGAAAUUUGCUGCAUUAUUUGUGGAUCGAAGUGGCAUGCAGAAAUUGCUUUCAAUCCCAAGGGUUGACGAGACAUUCUUUGGUCUUUCUUCAUGCUUGUUUACUAUAGGUUCUCUACAGGGGAUCAUGGAACGUGUAUGUGCACUCCCCUCAGAUGUUGUUCACCAGGUGGUUGAGUUGGCCAUUCAACUCCUUGAAUGCCUGCAAGAUCAAGCCAGGAAAAAUGCGGCCUUAUUUUUUGGUGCUGCAUUUGUGUUCAGAGCCGUUAUUGAUGCUUUUGAUGCCCAGGAUGGUUUGCAUAAGUUAUUGACUCUUUUAAAUGAUGCUGCCUCAGUUAGAUCUGGUGUUAAUUCAGGUGCCUUAAAUCUGUCCAACUCAACAGCUCUUCGUAAUGAUCGUUCCUCAGCGGAAGUACUGACAUCAUCAGAAAAGCAGAUAGCUUAUCACACCUGUGUUGCUUUGCGACAGUAUUUCAGAGCUCAUCUUCUUUUGCUGGUGGAUUCCAUUCGUCCCAAUAAAAACAAUCGAAAUGUGGCUAGAAAUGUUCCAAGUGUUAGGGCUGCAUAUAAGCCACUCGACAUUAGUAAUGAGGCGAUGGAUGCAGUGUUUCUGCAGUUGCAAAAGGAUCGAAAGCUGGGUUCUGCAUUUGUUAGAACCCGUUUUCCUGCAGUAGACAAGUUCUUGGGCUUUAAUGGGCAUGUUACCAUGCUGGAAUUGUGUCAGGCCCCUCCUAUUGUUGAGCGAUAUUUGCAUGACUUACUUCAGUAUGCAUUUGGUGUUCUGCAUAUCGUUACACUGGUAAAUGACAGCCGCAAGAUGAUUGUAAAUGCCACAUUAAGCAAUAAUCGUGUUGGUAUUGCCAUAAUCUUAGACGCAGCAAACAUUUCCAGUAAUUAUGUGGACCCUGAGAUCAUACAGCCAGCAUUAAAUGUGCUAAUCAAUCUUGUUUGCCCGCCUCCUUCAAUAAGCAAUAAACCACCUCUAAUUGCACCAGGCCAGCAAUCUGUUUCUGGUCAAUCCUCAAACCCUGUUCAGAUGCCUGGCCAGACUGAGCAGAGGAAUGGGGAAUCGAGUGCUGUUGAUCGAAGCAUUGCAGUAGGUUCUGCUUCUCGAUCUGCCAGUAGCACUUCACAAACACCUGUUCCUACAGCAGCUUCAGGAUUGGUUGGAGAUCGGAGAAUAUAUUUAGGAACUGGUGCAGGUUGUGCUGGCCUUGCUGCUCAAAUGGAACAAGUAUAUCGUCAAGCAAGGGAUGCAGUGCGUGCUAACAAUGGUAUAAAGGUUCUUCUCCAUCUCCUCCAACCACGUGUUUAUUCACCUCCUGCUGCUCUUGACUGUAUCCGAGCUCUUGCAUGCCGAGUUCUGCUUGGUUUAGCCAGAGAUGAUACAAUUGCCCACAUAUUGACCAAACUUCAGGUUGGGAAAAAGUUGUCAGAGCUAAUUCGUGAUUUAGGCAGCCAUACACCUGGAACAGAACAAGGCAGGUGGCAAGCUGAACUUGCCCAGAUGGCAAUUGAGCUAAUUGCGAUUGUAACAAAUUCAGGACGUGCUAGUACAUUAGCAGCAACUGAUGCAGCUACCCCUGCUUUGAAGCGCAUAGAAAGAGCUGCAAUAGCAGCUGCCACUCCUAUCACGUAUCAUUCCAGGGAACUUUUGCUCCUUAUACAUGAACACCUCCAGGCAUCUGGUUUGGCUUCUGCAGCCGCUAUGCUGCUGAAAGAGGCACAGUUGACACCUCUACCAUCACUUGCAGCUGCAUCAUCUCUUUCACACCAAGCUUCCACACAAGAAACCCCUUCAAUACAAAUCCAUUGGCCCUCUGGUCGAACCCCUUGUGGAUUUCUGUAUGACAAACUAAAAGCAACUGGAUGCAGUGACAAUUCCAGCUUGAAAUGUGAGGCAACAGUGUCUUCAAAGAAGAAGUCACUUGUUUUCUCACCAACUUUUGGUUCGCAGUCCCGAAAUCAGUCACAAUUCAUAGAUUCUGAACAACUGCCAUUAAAGAAGGUCUUGAGUAGUUUAAAACAAUCUACUGCAUCUCCAAACCCUUUAGAAGCCCCGCCAGAAUCCUUACAGAAAAGCAAUCCUGAGACAGAGUCCAUUUGUAAGACUCCAAUUUUGUUGCCAAUGAAACGAAAACUAUCAGACCUUAAGGAUUUUGGGUUGGCAUCAUCUGGGAAGCGAAUCAACACUGGUGAGCACGGGCUUAGAUCUCCAGGUUGUCUGACACCCAAUACCGCACGUAAGAUAGGUUCACUUAGUGAUGCUGUUGGAUUUUCUACACCUGCUUCAGGUUUGAGGGAUAUACAUGGUCGAUCAACACCGAGCACUUUGGCAGAUUAUGCUGAUGACAACCAAUAUGGCAGCUACAUGCAAUCUGGGCCUCUAAAUGAUAACCAGUCCAGCAACUCAGAGCGGUUAACUCUAGACUCUCUUGUUGUUCAAUAUUUGAAGCACCAGCAUCGCCAGUGCCCAGCUCCUAUCACCACUCUUCCACCACUCUCUCUUUUACACCCUCAUGUUUGUCCUGAACCAAAAAGGAGCCUGGAUGCCCCAUCAAAUGUAACUGCUAGACUUGGCACACGUGAGUUCAGAAGUAUAUAUGGCGGGGUUCAUGGAAAUCGCAGGGAUCGACAAUUUGUAUACAGCAGAUUCAGGCCAUGGAGAACUUGCAGGGAUGAUGCUGGUGCCCUGUUGACGUGCAUUACUUUUCUUGGUGAUUCCUCUCACAUUGCAGUUGGCAGUCAUGCUGGAGAGCUUAAGAUUUUCGACUCUAAUAGCAACAAUGUGCUAGAGAGCUGCACAAGCCACCAGUCUCCUUUAACACUUGUUCAGUCAUAUGUUUGUGGUGAAACCCAACUGGUGCUCUCUUCAAGUUCCCAGGAUGUGCGUUUAUGGGAUGCCUCUUCAAUCUCAGGUGGGCCAAUUCAUUCACUCGACGGCUGCAAGGCUGCUACUUUUAGCAACUCUGGUAAUGUUUUUGCGGCCCUAACAACAGAGCAGGCCCGGAGAGAGAUUAUGCUUUAUGAUGUACAGACCUGUCAUGUGGAAUCAACCCUUUCAGAUACAGUUUCAAGUUCUACAGGUCGGGGACAUGUUUAUUCCCUCGUACACUUUAGUCCUUCAGAUACUAUGCUGCUUUGGAAUGGGGUCUUAUGGGAUAGGCGGCAAUCUGGUCCUGUCCAUCGUUUUGACCAGUUUACAGAUUAUGGUGGCGGUGGCUUUCAUCCUGCUGGGAAUGAGGUGAUUAUAAACUCUGAGGUCUGGGAUCUCCGGAAAUUCAGGCUCUUUCGAAGUGUACCUUCAUUAGACCAAACAGUAAUAACAUUUAAUGCUCGUGGGGAUGUUAUUUAUGCAAUCCUGAGGAGAAAUCUUGAUGAUGUAAUGUCAGCAGUUCAUACCCGUCGUGUGAAGCAUCCCUUAUUUGCUGCUUUCCGCACGGUAGAUUCCAUCAAUUAUUCUGAAAUUGCGACCACACCAGUAGACCGUUGUGUCCUUGAUUUUGCAACAGAGGCAACUGAUUCAUUUGCUGGGCUGAUUACAAUGGAUGACCAAGAAGAGAUGUUUUCAUCAGCCAGAGUCUAUGAGAUUGGUCGAAGAAGGCCAACUGAUGACGACUCUGAUCCUGAUGAUGCAGAGAGUGAGGAAGAUGAGGAUGAUGAUGAUGAAGAUGAUGGUGAUGUGGAUCCCAUACUUGGUCCAGGCCUGGAUGGGGAUGGUGAUAGUGACGCUGAUGAUAUGAGCAAUGACGAUGACGACGAUGAUAGUGUGAGUGACCUUGAUGAUGAUGACGAUGACGGGGACUUUAUGAUGGAUGAUGUAGACUUUGGUGGAGGAGCUGGGAUCUUGGAGAUUGUGACCGAUGGAGAUGAGGAUGAUGAUGAUAGUCAGUUGCUUGAAUCUUACAGCAGCGGCGACGACGACGAUUUUGUAGGCAAUGGUUUCUAUUGAAUGUUUCAACAUUAUCAAAAUCUUCAAAUUGAUAUUUAAAGUAGUGUAGAUCAUGUAAUUAAUGGACAAUAGCUGGGUUCAUUUUUUUGGCUCAACGUGAGAUAAAAGAAGGCUGCAUUUAAGUUCA